AUGAAAGAAACCUCCCAGCAUGCUGACAACUGCCCUCAACCAAAAUGGCCGCUGCGUGUUUCAGCAGGAACAAGAAAUGACGUAUCACCCCUAGCCUGGCAGCCUGACACUGCUUGCAGAGUGCAUAGAUUCCUAGACGGAAGUAAUAGAUCGCAGAGUGGAGGAAAGGUAAGCCUCCCAGCUGUGGGCAUUGCUCUGUGAGUGUUGGGCCAUGUUUAUUAUUAUUAAUAUUAUUAUUAAUACGUUUCAUGAUUCUUUCAGGCCAGUAUGAAGAUCCUCAUUAAGUCCUGGAAUGGAGUGGCCUCCUGGUCCUGGGUGGCCAAUGAUGAGAAUUGUGGGAUCUGCAGAAUGGCAUUUAAUGGCUGCUGUCCAGACUGUGAGUGCUCUCCCAAGUGUCACUCACUGAGUAAAGCUGUGAGCAGUGUUUGUGCAAUACACAUUAUAGAUCACACACAGGCAGUGCAGGAAAAGUGCUGCCCUGCGAGUGUGUCAUAUUUAUAGAAUGCAGGAGGGACAUCACUGGCUUUGGGACCCAGUGGUUAAUGUGCUUCCAUCCUGCAGGGCAUCACUUUUCAUGUACCGCCCACAAUAUAUCUAGGAAGAAACUGAUGGACCAGAAACCCUCCCCUAAUCUACUCAUAUCCACAAUGUUUUAAAAUCUGAUCCCAUUUAUUGCAAAUUAACAUUUUACGCUAUAGCUGCAAUAAAAAUUCUGUCAUUAAAUUACAAUUCACUGCAAAUACUAACUUUGUUUAAACCAAAUGCUGGUUAUUUUCACACAGUUAAGUUUAGAUUCCCAGAGAGAGAGAGCGAUAUGAAUAACUUAAAAUUUUUUAAUUUCCUUAUAUUCCAACUAUAUGCUAAUAUCAACUAUAGCAGAAGUAAUAAUGCAGUAAUUAAGAUACAAUUCAAUGUAAAUAUGUACUCAGACAAAUACUAACUUUGUUUAAAUUAAAUGCUAAAUUUAAAUUCCUAGGCAGAAAGACAUACGAAUAACUUAAAAAUGUUAAUUGUCUUCUAUUCCACGAAUAUGCUAAUAUUCCUUAAACAUGCAGAGUAAAGUAAAAUGUGAGAUUUUAACAUUUUUACAGAACGCUUUCAUAGUGUGUAAAUGGGCAUGAGAGUUCUGUGUUUUAAUUAAUCACUACAUCAAAGUAAUCUCUGAGAAUAUCCCAUUGAUUUUAUAGCAGGAGCGCAGGAAUCACGCAUACUGUUGCAGGGCUAAUCACUAAACUCCACAUUUUUGCAAAUAAUAUCCUAAUAGUAAAAUAAAUUCUUAAACUAGCCAAGCUGUGACGGGACUUGAAUUGGAGAAAUUGUAGUCUAACUUUUUACCAUUUGGAAUUAAUUUGCUUCAAUUCAGAGUUUAAGGAAUACGUCUGUCGAGCUACACUUUUAGGUUCUGCCCAACAGAAUGCAAGAUUUUUAAGUGUUGCUAAGAACGGUGUUCUGGUGGCACUAUCUGUGCCAUACACACACAUUGCUUCAUUGCUGUAACCUUCAUAAGUAUCAGUGAUGUAAUAAAUAGCAGGAAUAAAAACAGAGCAAUUUGGAGAUUUUGUUUAAAGGUUAGCUAAUUUGGCUUAAAAUUUGAAUUCCUGGCAAAUCACACAUGUAGGGCUUUAUUCACAAAACUCUGAUUUGUAGUGAAUUAAAAUUUGAAUUAAAGCCCUUAGGCUAAAACAGGGAAGCAGACUACACUUGAGAUAGAGAAUGUUUCCAGAUCAGUUUUUUUGUCAACAUCUUAUAUUUGUAUUUCAGUUUAGUUCAGUAUAGUUUCAUAAACCACUAUAUCUUUUUUAAAUUAAUUAUCAUUUUCUAAAUAUAAAUUUUUUUUCUGGUUGAAUUUUUAACUUUCAACAUGGAAAAACCAUAAAUAGCACACAUUACACCUGUAGCUGAAUUCACAUAGAAUUGUAGCACGCUGUAGUAGUUGUGGUGUCCAGAGUGCGCUGGUAGCCCCUUUUGUAAGUAGUCAAACCCUUUUUAGAAUGGUUUGACUUGACUAUGUCCAUCCAAUGCUGCUCCUUGCCUCUACUACUUCCUCUGGAGGCUCCUUCUCUGUCGGAAGUCGUGGAGGCAGGGUGCAGUGCCAUGCAGGCCCUAGGUAGGAAGUAAACUGUCCUAAAGCAGUUUGACUAAUUACAGUGGUGGAGUGCCAGGCCACUCGUGCCAUGAUAACAACUUUAGUGAAGUGUAGUAGUUAUGGUUCUUGGCAUCUUCCUUUAAAGCAUAGAGAAAGAAAUUGCAACAGAAAUGCAUAAUACAAAAACAGUGUAUCCAGGUAUUUUAAGGUGUUUGAAAUACAAGAAAAGUAUUCAAAUACACAAAUUAGGUUAUUCAUUAAAUUGUGAAUUAUCAGGAACUCCUAUCACUGGCGCCCAGUCCUGGGCUUCCCCAUUUAGGAGGAGAAAGAGGAGCUGAGCUGACUGGUGCCAUCUGGACCUCUUUUGGGUUUAACCCACUUGUAAAUAGCUUAUCACAAGGUACAGGUUCCCAAAACAAACCUCAUUGCUCCGCAACAGUCCAGGAUUUAUGUAUUUCAUGUGUUUAUUCCAAUGGAAAUACUGACAAAACCUGGACUGUUGGUGGGCCAGGACUACUGGUUUGGGAAACAAAGGUAAGAGGGCGCCCAGGAUCUCCAAGCACCAUAACAACUUAAUUGAGAUGAAAUUGUUUUGAUGCCCAGGGCAAUGCUUUAUGGAAGGACAGGUCUCUAGAAAUUCAUCACGGCGCAAGCUGACUCUUUGUGGGAUCAUCACAUACAGGUUUAUUUUCUAAAGUGAAAAUCAAAGUGAAUUUUAAAUUUAAGGCCAAAAUAGCCAAAUUGGAAGCAUAGGUGACUUGGAGAAUAUUCCAGGUCAGCUAUUUUGGCCGUAAAGUUGAGUUCCUGACAAUUCACAUGUUGGUAAAUAAUCCUGAUAGAAUUCAACUUGUUUUAUAUAACUCACUUUAUAAUACUCGGAUCAGUCGUAUAGUGGAGUGUCCCGAAACGUUUCUUCAGGACGCGCCAACAUGUCCGAAUUUCAGGAGAAUUGUGUCUUAGUACUGAAUAAUCACACACACGCAUUUUAUUUGAGAUAUCUGAGCGCUGGCAGUAAUAUCUUAAAAUUCCUGUCUUUUGGUGGAUCUGAGAAUGAGUUUUGUUACCAAGCUCAUAUUAAAAAAAAAAUGUUUUAUGUUUUAUACCAAUCUAUCAAGGAGCCAUCGGCAUACAACCCAGGUGUGCGUGACCCCCAUCAGAUGGUGGGAUCUGCUCCCUAAUGUGUUCUAAAUUAACUCUGGAACACUCCUCACCCCAGUAAAUGCUUCAAAGCACUCAUUGGUGUGACGGAAAGGGGGUCUGUGAUUGUCAAGGGGACAGUUCCCAAUUAUUGGAGCAAUCAUAGACUGCAAUAGCGAGCUCCCUAAUAAGGUUUUAUUGUUCAUUUAACAUGUUUAGGAAUGGUAUUCUGCAAUAUAAUUAAGAUAGUUUCACACCUGAUUUACACAAAGACUGUCCCUCCCAUUGUCCCAGGUAUAAAGGAAGUCUGAUGGCUUUAGUCUUGGUUUGAAUGACCCUCAUUUGCUUACAGUGAGAUAUAGAGGAUGGUUUAACAUUGUACAUUAUACUGGUUGUUCCUCUGAGAUUAUAUGCAGUUAGCAUUCUGUACCUUUAAGUAAUGUAAAAUGCACAGAGAGGGGUCUGAUCUAUCUGUCUGCAUAGCCCACAGCAAUACUUCUCCUACCAAGUUUUUUUUUUCUCGUUUUGUUUGGCAAAUGGGGACCAGAUCACAGUUUUCUGUUAUAAUAAAAAAGAAAAUCAUAUUUAUUGGUGAGGUAAUGACUUGUGAUUAGUGUGCAGUGGGGAAAAAACCCAUGUGUCUGUCAUGAUUUUAUUUGUAGUUCCCCCCCCCCUCUUUAUUUAUGGCUGGAGAUACUGCCGAGAGACUGAUCAACUAAUCAUGUUGGGAUUUUGGCAAAUCAUCCCAUUUUUUAGUUAUACACAAUCAGACCUGCUUAGUCUGCUCUAACAGGAAUUCUGACAUCACCCAUUGGAUUGCAUUGGGCCAUUAGACCCUGGGCGCCCUAACUUGUAUUAUAUAAUUGGAUAAGCGCAUCAGGCGGCCUAACGUGGCACCAUCUUUAAAUUGUAAAAGCUGCCACAGGGAUCACAGCUCAAACACUACAUAUGUAAUGUAUAUGUAGAGGUGGUAUUCAGUAUACUGCCUCCUAGUGCAUGGUGCUCAGAGUGCACUCUGAAUGAUACUCUGUAUUAUCAUUAUGCCAUUUAUAUAGCGCCAUCAAAUUCCGCAGCGCUUUACAGUGGGUGGACGAACAGACAUGUAGUUCUAACCAGACAAGUUGGACACACAUGAACAGAGGGGUUGAGUAUCAAUGUGGCCUGCUCUGUAGUGUUGAUGGGAAGGCAUUAGAUGACAUUUUCCACUUGAGCGAGUUCUAGCAGGAGGAACACUUGCAUUCAUUCAUCUACUCACUAGUAUAAAGUCCCACAAUGCAAUGCAAUACAGUGUGUAAGAGUUACACAGGACUGCUGUCCGACAGGGCUGAUUGAUCUUAAAGGACCACUAUAGUGCCAGGAAAACAUACUCGUUUUCCUGGCACUAUAGUGCCCUGAGGGUGCCCCCACCCUCAGGGACCCCCUCCCGUCCGGCUCUGGGGAAAGGAAAGGGGUUAAAACUUACCUUUUUCCAGCGCCGGACGGGGAGCUCUCCUCCUCCUCUCCUCCCAUUCGGCUGAAUGCGCACGCGCGGCAAGAGCUGCGCGCGCAUUUAGCCAGUCUCAUAGGAAAGCAUUUACAAUGCUUUCCUAUGGAUGCUUGCGUGCUCUCACUGUGAUUUUCACAGUGAGAAUCACGCAAGCGCCUCUAGUGGCUGUCAAUGAGACAGCCACUAGAGGAUUUGAGGGCUGGAUUAACCCAUUUAUAAACAUAGCAGUUUCUCUGAAACUGCUAUGUUUAUAAAAAAAAAUGGGUUAACCCUAGCUGGACCUGGCACCUGGCACCCAGACCACUUCAUUAAGCUGAAGUGGUCUGGGUGCCUAGAGUGGUCCUUUAAUGUGCUGUGGAAUAUGUUAGUGCUAUAGAGUUUAGAUCUGAUACUGAAUCAGUGUGACUGAGUUCACACAGGGAGCAUGUGACGCCCACAAACUACAGUUCUGUGACACUAUGGUAUUCUGGGAACCUUGGAAAUAAGGCUAAUGGAUUCCUGGCUCCUGGAAUCGGAGAGCUUUAUUCACUAAACUCCGAAUUGCUAGAAUGCAAAAAGUGCUUACAGGGAACACUGCUGCAGUUCAUUGUAAGUCGCGCAGGAGAUGCUCCUACCUGCUUGCUUGUUAUGUUUUUUAAUGAAAUCUUUUUCCACCUGCAGGUAAGGUUCCCGGGGAUGACUGCCCUUUGGUGUGGGGUCACUGCUCACACUGCUUCCACAUGCACUGCAUCCUGAAAUGGCUCAACUCCCAGCAAGUACAGCAGCACUGUCCCAUGUGCAGGCAGGAGUGGAAAUUCAAGGAAUAAUGGGAUCCUAUCCCAGGACUGGUCCUCUUUCUAGUUCUACGAUCUAUCAUUUAAUGCGAACAUUCUUUUGUUUUGGAUUUAGUUUUUUUGCAAUCCCAGGUUGGUACAGGGCAUGUUAAUGCCAGUUCUUGGUGGAGAUUUUUCCUUUUUCCAUGUGUAGUCGUGCACAGAACGUAUAUAUCUCUCUUCUAGAAAUGAUCAUGGUUCGUACCCAGAGUGAAAUCAUAACACGUACAUCAGUAAUAGUGAGCUUGUUGCACUUCCGUGGGGUUUAUUUAGUGAACUGUGAAUUGUGGCGAAUGAUCCACAGAAUUGCAAAUUUUAGGACAAAGUAACUGAGCUGUAAAAUUAUUUUUAUUUUGACCUCCAAACUCGUAGUUUCCCAGAAUUUCCUAAACAAUCAGAUCUAAAGUACAUUUCCCUUUUGAUCCCCUAUUGCCUAGCUGAGCAUUAUGGGAAAUGUAGUAAGCGAAAUCUCAAGUAGCAAAGAUCAGCCAUCAAUAGUCAAGACAGAUCUACGGAAACUGCAACAGAGCUCUGGUCCCCAAACUUUCAAUUCAUUUUCCAUGGUCGUAUGAUCUCUAUUUGCCAAAAUUCAAAUGGUCUGCUUCAGGCAUCUCCGUGCGGUGAACUGCUGCUCUUAGUCUGUCAACUACCAUCGUGCUCAGUCCCUUUUAUAUAAAUUACUAUAACAGAGCAUUAUACUACAUUAUACAAGAGCCAUUCGUAUCACACUGAACUGGUUUUAACCUUUUUCAUGUCGGUCUGAAUGAACAAGUAUACUGAGUUUUUUUGUUUAAAAUUAUCUUUUCAAUAAAGCAUCAAAAAUUGUCUUUGCAAUAAAAUAUUUUGAGAUGUCAGAUAAAUUGUCUUUGCAUUCUCUGUUGGGGUUUAUUUACAAGAUUUACAAGAUUAUUUCAGUCCAUUUAACCCCUUAAGGGCACAUGACGUGUGACAUAUCAUGAUUCCCUUUUAUUCCAGAAGUUUGGUCCUCAAGGGGUUAAACCCAUAGAAUAGCCAAGUUUGGGAAAAAUAGGAAAUUUAAUUAAGUUGACUAUUGAAUUUUUUUUUCCCCCAAUGCAGAUAUUUUGGAGUUCAGUUUUGUGAUGUUUAUUAUGUCCAUUAUUUAUUAUAUGGUUGGGGAGGGGGGCAAGGAGAAGGCUUAGGUGAUAUGAGAUUAUCACUUGUCAUCGCUGGCUGUCACUCUCCGUCUGCUUCAAUUCCCUUGAUGUGAAUGUAUAUCAUGUCUCUGUGACUCACGUACUAGCGCCCAGAUUAAUAUAAACGCAAAUUGUCUGUAGGGCUCCUUGUGGAGACAUAACGAGUUCAGGGGAAAACGCAGGUUCCGAGCAGUGAAUAUGAAGCUCGCAAAUUAUCCUGUAAAGUGUUUGUAGGAGGAACAGCUGUGCUCUCAGUAAAUGCAGAUAGCUGUGUGUGUGCCGAUGCGGGCUUCUGUGUACCGUGAACAAAAAAAACAAUAUUUCACACUAACUCUUGCACUGGGGAAGAGCUUGGAACUACUUAAUAAAAUGUAAAAUAAUUCUUUGUUAUUAGUCACCUUUAGCAGUACGGUUCCCAGAAACCUUGUUUAGGAGAGAGAAUACGUAUAGCUGCUUAACCCUUUCAGUGCUUUAGUUGUGAUAGUUGACCUUGUGGCAAUAGACUGAGUUAUUUCUAAGGAUCUUUCUAUUGUGUAGAAAGUGAUAUGGUAUUCGGUGUACAAAAUGAAAAUAAUGCAAUGAUAAGUCAGUAGAACAAAUUUAUCGAUUAAGAGGAGAAAAUAAAACAUUGCAUGUCUUGCUUAUAUUCUACCUGUAUGCUCGGAUAACGUGUGCCAGACAAAGAUUAAUUAUUAAAGGGACACCAAGGCAUCCAGACCAAUUCAUCUCAUUGAAGUGGUCUUGGUGUAGUGUCCCAGGUCCCUUAACCCUGCAGUCCCUUAACAAACUGCAAUAAUUACCUUUGAGGGUUAACUCCACCCCUAGUGGCUGUCUAUCAGACAGCCACUAGAAUGCCUUAAGAGUCGUUAGGCGACUUUUGGUCGCCUAACUGACACUGGACGUCCUCACGCUAUGCAUGAGUACAUCCAGCGUCACCCAAAACCCCAUAAGAAAGCAUUGUAAAAUUAUACAAUGCUUUCCUAUGGGGCAAGUACUAAUGCGAGCGUGUCCAUCGCAGAGCAUGCGCAUUGUCUCCUCUGCUGGAGAAGAGGUGGUGCAUGAAUCAGUGCCGAGGGACAUUGGCGCUGGAAUUAGGUAAGUGACAGAGGUUGUUGGUUUUUUUUUGUAACCCCUUCUGCAUCACGGGGAGUGGCCGAGACAGAAGGGGGACACUAGAGGGAGCUAUCGUGCCAGGAAAACAACUUUGUUUUAGGCACUACAGUUUCCAUUUAAAAACCAAAUUGUAGUGAAUUGCAAAAACCCUCCAACAUGGCUAUACUCACAGUUAUUUUAGCUUAAUGAAUAAAGUAAAACAUUGGUGAUAGUCAAACUACUUUAAAGUGUCCUUGCAUAACAGUAAAACCACGUCAUAAAAAUAAACAUCAAAUUUGUCGCAGGAAUUCAAAGUGCUAACAUGCAAAUAUAAACUAGAUAAUUAUAACCGUUUUAAAUUCAAGUGCAAAAUGUAUAUAAAGGAAAACAUUAAUACUCCAAAAACUACGGAACAUAAAUAAUGGUACUUUUAUAUAGAUCUUUAGAUUUGAAUCAUGUUAUUGUUUUAUAUAGAUGUUCUGCUCUAUAUUUCGUUAUUUAUUUGAAAGGUUAUAUACAGAGAAUUUAGUAGAUUGAAACUGACAAUGAAAUAUACAGGGUUAGCGCACUAUUAUUUAUGUUUUGGUUAAAUUCAGUGUUAAGCGAAAAAAUCUGAGAGUCCUGUGAUAUAGUAAGUUAAUAAAAUGUGUGCUAGUUACAAUGAGGGUUUGGUCGAAUGGGUGUAAGUAUUAACUGUAGGAAAUGGAGUAUAAGGCCAGGGAAUAUUUAUAACGCAAUGGUUUAAAGAGCAGAGAUUGCCAAAACACAGACCCCAGUUGUUGUAGAAGGGGUCUUCCAUGCUGGCAAAGCAUUGUAUACAAUGUUCUCUGGUCCCUAUUCCAUUGGUGACUGUCCUUUGUGCUGCUGAUGUCUGGGGACUACUUUUCUAUGAUGUUUGGCCAGUUAUCAGUUGGUUAGAUCAUCCUGCUAUGUAUUGAUGGUACAGGGGUGCGAGGCAGAGCCCAGAGCUGAACUGUGACAGAUCUGUGAGUCACUGGGACGGUGACAGUUCUGUAUAACAUUUAGAGAUAAGAAGAAAUUGAUCCGUUUCUGGAUUAACUGGAAAUGUGUCACCAGAUAUUGGGAAUGAUAAUGUCUCAGAUUUAGGAAGGGGGGGGUUGUUCCACCUUUAUUGUGUGGGCGUAUUGUAAAUUUACUGUGCGUACAGCUUCCAAUAUCAAAACAACGAGAAUGUGUAUAUGCAGUGACUCACUUAAUCCGUGUUCAGUUUCUCAAUAGAUUGCAAGCUCUUCACAAUAAUUAUUUAUAAAUCAUCCUAAUAAACCUAUAGAUUCUGAGUUCUAAUUCAGAUUGCCAGCUCUUGGUUCAAUUGUGGGUCUUAAUACAGAUUACAAACUCUUUACAUAGAAACAGACUUUACAUUAUAUUGUGGUUUCUAAUAAGGAUUCAAACUCUUUGGAAAAAAUAAAGAGUUCUAAAAUAGAUUGCAAGCUCUUUAGAUUACAGGUCCUACUACAGAUUGCAAGUUAUUUUGAUGAGAUAGCGGGUUAUAUUUCAGAUUUCAAGCUCUUUAGAUGACUGGUUAUAUUACAGUUAGCAAAUUCUUUGGAAUAAACAGUGGGUUCUAAUGCAGAUUGUUACAGGCUGUGAAUUCGAACACUGAUCUAAAUCUAAGCAUUAAUUCUUCUUUUACGCUGCUGGAAUAUUUUUGUUUCUUAUAUCAGUCAGAGCCUGAAGGCUCCUGUGCCAGGACAGUUGCCUACUUUCAGUGUGAAAGUAAAGCAAGCUAGCAUGAAAUAGCUUGUUUUUCGGGGGGGUACUUGUAAGGGAAAAUCUAUGAAAUCUUCCUUGGACCUAUUUGCCUUGUUUCAAUGCUUGGCUAUGUCUAUACUUCAAGCCGUGAAAGAUUGAUAAUUACAGUAUCUGUGAGUGUAGGCAGAUUAUAUGAAUCAAUUAUCAUAUUGUGCCCAAUAUUUCUGCUUUAUCUUAUACUGGCCACAUUAUCUCCUGCCACUCACAUUAUAUCUGUCACUUGCCUUGUUAAUUUCAUUUACAUUGCCCAGGGCUUCUACUGAUUUAGUGACUCCGAACUGUCAUAUAUUUAAAAAGAAAAAUCCCACCACCCCUCUUCUUCAUUUUAGCCCUUUACCCACCCCCACCCCCCAUUCCUCCACCUCCAGGGCCCCCUCCCCUUCUCCAGGUCUGGGCUGUCGCUGGCAUCCACUAUCUCCUAUAAAAGACGUAAAUCCUCUGCUCCUUUAGACGAAACUGCUCACAAGCACCACACUGUCAUCAUGCUGUCUCUAAGAUCCCACUCCUCGCUGCGACUGACGCUGAUGUGUAGUGUCCUGGCUCUACUGUUCUCUUGUCAGCGGACGAACGCAUGGUACAAACAGUCCACCGGCCCCAGUUAUUACUCUGUCGGCCGAGCAUCGGGGCUGCUGUCCGGUAUUCGCAGGUCACCUGACAUUCGCCGAUCUGAGCCGGACAGCGCAGGGGAGAGCAGCGAGAAUAUGGAAGACAACUUUCUGAAUAGCCUUGGAGGUCAAAGACAAGGAGCGCUGCUCAAGAGUAUGGUACGUAUCAGUGAGGGGAGAGGAUGGGGAGAGGCUGAGUGUGAGAUCCUUUGUGAGUACAAUAGCUGCUUAUAAACCCUGGUAACAGAAUGCUGAGUGUGAGCGGAGGUGAUAGACUGUACUAUCUUCUCAACUUCAGUGGGACUUUAAGGGGAGAAAGACUUGGUUUCAUGAUGAAGUGAGUGUAUGCAGUGAGUGUUAGUGAACAGUGAGUGAGUGUAUGCAGGGAGUGUUUUUGCACAGUGAGAAUAUGAAGGGAGUGUUGGUGAACAAUGAGUGUACGCAGGGAGUGUUAGUGAACAGUGAGUGCAUGCAGGGUGUGUUAGUGAACAGUGGAGUGAGUUUACACAGUGAGUGUAUGCAGGGAGUGUUAGUGAAUAGUGGAGUGAGUUUACACAGUGAGUGUAUGCAGGAAGUGUUAGCAAACAGUGAGUGGAGGCAGGGAGUGUUAGUGAACAGUGAGUAUAUGAUGGGAGUGUUGGUGAACAAUGAAUGCAUGCAGGGAGUGGUAGUGAACAGUGAGUGAGUGGACGCAGGGAGUGUUAGUGAACAGUGAGUGCAUGCAGGGUGUGCUAGUGAACAAUGGAGUGAGUUUACACAGUGAGUGCAUGCAGGGAGUAUUAGUGAACAGUGAGUGCAUGCAGGGAGUGUUAGUGAACAGUGAGUGUAUGUAGGGAUUGUUCGUGAACUGGGAGUAUUAGUGAAAAAUGAGUGUAUGUAGGGAGUGUUCGUGAAUAAAGUGUGAUUGGAGGUGAUAGUGGUGAAGAAUUGAUGUGCAGAGAUGUGAUAUUGGUGCAAAUGUAUAAAGUACUGUGACUGAACAAAGAUGAAAGUAGACAUAAAGUCAUUUGUUAACCAAUAACUGUACGUAGGACAGUGCCAGGCUGUGACUUAGCGUAAUGUUGCAGGCAGUUUUUCUAUCGUUUACUAUGGGUGUUAGUGAAUAAGCCCCCGAGCAGGUGGUAUGAGUGUUACAGUCUCCAAUCCGGUUAUUAUACCAGCUCCACUAUUCUGGUUAAAACAUGCAAACCCCUUGUCAGUUUAUAGAGGGAUUACAUUAUAGUCAAAAAUAGUUUAAAAAUGACAGGGUUAUUCACUAAUCUCCUAAAUUUCUGCAGAUUAAAUCCGAUUGGCAAAAUGGAGGCAGUAAUAGCUAGUUGGAUACUAUUUCCAGAUUAACUAAUUUUGCCAGUUUUUCUAUUUGGAUUGAAUUGGGGAAUAUUCUGAGUUUAGUAAAUAUGUUAUGUAAAAAUUUGGAAUGUGCUGCAAUUUCCCUCUGCAAAAUGUUGGCCUAUUUUAACCAAUUAAUAUUAUUAGAAAUGCAUUUUUCAGGGUUGUAAUCUGAAAAAACUGAUCUGCCUCCAUCUUUUCGAGUGCAGCCCCAAAAUAUCUUCUUCAUAAGAGCUUCUAAUUGAAAAAAAAAGGAUAAAAUCCAAAAUGUUAAGAAACCAAUACCAAGUGUAGAAAAUAAUAUAAUAUAUUUUCAUGAUAAAGGCAGCAUUUUUAUUGGGGCAAAGCAUGAUGGGACUUGUAGUUCUACAACAGGGCAUCUUUCUGUUGGCCACCUGAGUUUUUCAAGUUAGUUUCAGGCGUAUGAAUGAAAAACUGUAUUUAUCAAACCUGUGGGCACAAAUGGGGAAUGUAAUCCCAGCAAAAUUUCUUGCCACAUGUUGCAUUUUGUCAUUUGCCCCAUAACUCGUCUCUCUCUCUCUGUCUAUCUCCACCACAGGCGCUGUGUGUCAAGGAUGUGUCGCCCAAUCUGCACAGCUGUGAGCUCCUUCCAGACACCGCCAGUACCUUCCAGUGCAAAGCUCAGAUUUACCUCUCGUUGGACAGUUCAGACUGUCUCUCCCCCUGA